ACCAUUACCCAAUAGUCCGUGCUCAGGAAAUCUCCAAGACGCAUAGCGGCCAACGACAAAUCGAAGCACGAAAAUGGCGAAAAUUCUGUCCGGAACUCAAAUCUCGAAGGAAGUGUUGUCGGACCUACAGCAAGAAGUUACUGAGAUCAAGGAAACCCAUCCGGAUUUCCGACCGAAACUCGUCAUCGUUCAGGUCGGGGGUCGAGAGGACUCCAAUGUCUACAUACGCGCCAAGUGCAAGGCUGCGGCCGAGGUUGGCGUGGAGACCGAACACAUCCGAUUCCCUCGCACAGUUGCUGAGAAUGAACUACUUCGAGGCGUGGAACUUCUAAAUGCCGAUCCUCGAGUCCACGGCAUCAUCGUGCAACUACCGUUAGAUUGCGACAACCCCAUCGAUGCUGGCAAGGUGACGAACGCAGUCUCCCCUUUGAAGGAUGUCGACGGCAUCCAUACGGAAAACGCGGGACGCCUCGCUCACGGAGAGUUAGAAAACUUUUUCAUUCCCUGCACCCCUCGAGGCUGUCUCGAACUCAUAUUGAGGACUGGAAUGGAUCUCUGCGGAAAACAUGCUGUCAUGAUAGGACGAUCGAAAAUUGUGGGAGCCCCCAUGUCUGCUUUGCUCCUAUCAUGCAACGCCACCGUGACCGUGUGCCACUCAAAAACGGAGAGGAUCGAUGAAAUUUGUCGGCAAGCCGAUCUCCUCGUCGUAGCCUGCGGAUGCGCCCAUCUCGUGAAGAAAGAGUGGGUCCGACCAGGGGCUGUUGUCAUCGAUUGUGGCAUCAACGCAAUCAAGGACCCUAGUCAUCCGAAGGGACAGAGACUGGUCGGAGACGUGGACUACGCCAAUGUCAAGGAGGUCGCAUCCUGGAUCACUCCAGUUCCCGGAGGCGUGGGUCCAAUGACGGUCUCCAUGCUCAUCAAAAACACUGUCAUCUCUGCGAAGCGCGAGCUCUUGGGAACGCUACGGAACAAUCUGCAGUUCUAGAUCCCAGAGGCUAUUCCGGAGAACUUUUCUUCAACUUCCUAUUAGACCCCAAACAGAGACCGUUGUACAUAUAUACGCGUGAGCCCACACCCAUCGGAGUGUUAUUUUUUCCAAGUAUUCGACGCGAUGCUGUCGGAUUGCCUGAUGUAUGAAUAAUUCUGCUCGCACAUGAACCUGUAAAAACCGUAGGGUGGACAUUGCAUUGAUAUUGUCUUCAAUAAUAACUGAACUUUCAUUUUUCCGUU